CGUCAUUGUCAAUCGCUACUGCUGCAGCAUCACGACACAGCUCUCGUUCAUCAAGAAUGUCACGUCAAACAUAGAACAGAGCCAUCCUCUCCUCAAAUGGCGUUAAACUUGCGAACACUGGAUGCCUUGGUUCUGCCGAAAUUCGAGGAAUAUGACCCUGAAGUGUGGGGUUUCUUUGUUCAAGGAGAACCAAAAGAGUUCCACAGCACUCCCCCGACUGGUGUUAUCAAACCAACCGCAAUCCGUUCAGUGCCUCCUUUUUCCUGGGACUAUGACGGGUCAUACAUUCCGGGUGUGGCAGCAUCGAAACUAAACUCGGCCUUCUGUCCCGUUACUGCAGAUACCUGGCAUGGUGCGGGGGAAGUGUCAUCUGCAGGUACGGAUGUUAAGAAACUCCUCAAAUCCAUGAAGAUGACGGAGAGACAACUGAAGUUUCAGUUGCUCCAAAGGGCUCAGAUGUAUGAGAGAGAAGAUGAGCUCAGUCAAGACAGGAUGGUUCUCGUUGCUGAACUCCGAGACAUGACGGAGUAUGCCGAGAUUUUGGAGCAGAAGAACCGAGAUCUGAACACACAUUUGAGACGAGUCACAGAGGAGAACAAGUCUCUCAGCUCCCACGUGGACCGCUUGGUGCGGAACAUUAAGAUGGUGGUGGCAGGGGAACUGCGUCAACAGAGGGGGGAGGGGGAAGGCCCCGGGGGGCUUGCUCAGAGGGUACAGGUCAAUGAGGAGACUGGGAUUGACCAGCAGGAGAGUUGGACAGACCUGUCUCCUUACGAUAGUGACGUAAAUGUUAAUGAAUCGACCCAUGAAGAUAUCGAUGGGCGGUUCCAUUCACCGACUCGCCACGGUGUUAGUAGUGAAGUUCGGCUCAUCAACGAAGAUACUCCUCCUCUCGUGUCUUCAAAACGCAGGACAAAGAAGUCACAGAUACCGAAAUCUCUGUUUGGACGUCUCAGGGGUGCGUUCGGGAGAAUUCGGGGUCAGAUUUAACCUGGGAGAAGUGUAUUUCAGGAUGGAAAUUAAAAUUGUUAAAGUUA